UCCAGCUGCCGACUUCGAACUUGAAGGUCAGCAAAGGAAAGUGGAAGUUGGGUUCUGAACAAUCAAGGUGGCCCAGAGUUGAAGAGUGGUCGGGAUUUGCGAGACUUGAACGACUAGACUGAGGCUCUGUCACCUGCCCCUGUCGCCUCCCCUGGGAAGUCAGGAUGAAUGUGCAGGCUUGCUCGAGAUGUGGCUAUGGAGUGUACCCCGCUGAGAAGAUCAGCUGCCUGGAUCAGAUAUGGCAUAAAGCGUGUUUUCACUGUGAAGUUUGCAAGAUGAUGCUGUCGGUUAAUAACUUUGUGAGUCACCAGAAAAAGCCAUACUGUCAUGCUCACAACCCCAAGAUCAACACUUUCACGAGUGUGUAUCAGGCUCCAUUAAAUGAAAACAGGAGGAAGUCUCCAGGAGACCUCCAUGGGGUUGAUGAGCCAGACGAUGGUGGAAGGUUUAAAUCGGUGUUUCAGUGGGACAUGGCAUCCAGGGAUGGGGCGACCACAUCUAAUGGGCGACCAUUGGUGAACGAGAGACCCUAUUGGACUGGAUAUGGGGAAGGGAAUGCUUGGUGCCCAGGAGCUCUGCCAGACCCUGAAAUCGUAAGGAUGGUUGAGGCUCGAAAGUCUCUUGGUGAGGAGUACACAGAAGACUAUGAGCAACCGCGGGGUAAGGGGAGCUUCCCAGCCAUGAUCACGCCUGCUUAUCAAAGGGCCAAGAGAGCCAGCCAGCUGGCCAGCCAAGUGGAAUACAAGAGAGGGCACGAUGAGCGGGUCUCCAGGUUCACCACCAUGGCGGAUACUCCUGAGCUGCUACGGGCCAGGGCUGGGGGACGGCUUCAAAGUGAUGUGGUCUACACUGAGGACUAUGAACAGCAGAGAGGCAAAGGCAGUUUUCCUGCUAUGAUCACACCUGCUUAUCAGAUAGCCAAAAGGGCCAAUGAGCUGGCGAGUGAUGUGAGGUACCAUCAACAAUAUCAAAGAGAAAUGAAAGGAAUGGCUGGUUCAGCCACGGCAGCCGAGGGCACACUGACAAGGGACUAUGUGGACCAGUGUGGUCAGGGUUACGUGGAGGACUAUGAGGAGCACCGAGGGAAGGGCAGCUUCCCCGCCAUGAUCACCCCGGCUUAUCAGAACGCCAAGAAAGCCCACGCACUCGCGAGUGACAUAAAAUACAGGCAGGACUUCAACAUGAUGAAAGGUCCUGCUCAUUACCACUCCCUCCCGGCCCAGGACAACCUGGUUCUGAAGCGGGCUCAGAGCGUGAACAAGCUUGUGAGCGAGGUGGAGUAUAAGAAGGAUCACGAAAGUAGUAAAGGUCACAGUAUCAACUACUGUGAAACACCUCAAUUCAGGAACGUGAGCAAGAUCUCAAAAUUCACCAGUGAUAAUAAAUAUAAAGAAAACUACCAGAACCACAUGAGAGGCCACUAUGAAGGAGUUGGUAUGGACAGACGGACUCUCCAUGCGAUGAAAGUCGGAAGUCUGGCAAGCAACAUUGCCUACAAAGAGGAUUACAAACACGAUGUUGUCGACUACAACUACCCAGCCACUCUCACGCCUUCCUAUCAAACAGUCAUGAAGCUGGUUCCCUUGAAAGAUGUCAACUACAGGCAAAGCAUCGACAAGUUGAAGUACAGCUCUGUGAUCAACACCCCUCAGAUUGUUCAAGCCAAAAUCAACGCCCAGCAACUGAGUCAUGUGAAUUACCGUGCUGACUAUGAGAAAAACAAGUUGAAUUACACAUUGCCCCAGGAUGUACCUCAACUGGCAAAGGCCAAAUCCAACGCUGAGCUCUUUAGCGAGAUUAAGUACAAAGAAGGCUGGGAAAAGUCCAAGGGGAAAGGAUUUGAAAUGAAGCUGGAUGCCAUGUCUCUGCUGGCCGCCAAAGCCUCCGGAGAGCUUGCUAGCAAUAUUAAAUACAAAGAAGAAUAUGAAAAAAGCAAAGGCAAAGCCAUGGGAACUACGGACUCUAGGCUUCUGCACUCCCUGCAGGUUGCCAAGAUGAGCAGCGAGGUUGAAUACAAGAAAGGCUUUGAAGAGAGUAAGACCCACUUUCACCUGCCCAUGGACAUGGUAAACAUCAGGCAUGCUAAGAAGGCCCAAGCUCUGGCCAGUGACCUGGACUACAGGAAAAAGCUGCACGAAUACACCGUGCUGCCCGAAGAUAUGAAGACGCAGUGGGCCAAGAAAGCCUACGGGCUCCAGAGCGAGCUGCAGUACAAAUCUGACCUGGCAUGGAUGAGAGGCGUGGGGUGGCUGACGGAGGGCGGUCUCAAUUUGGAACAGGCCAAGAAGGCUGGACAGCUGGUCAGCGAGAAAAACUACAGGCAGAGGGUGGACGAGCUGAAGUUCACCAGUGUGGCCGACAGCUCCCAGAUGGAGCACGCCAAGAAGAGCCAGGAGCUGCAGAGCGGGGUGGCCUACAAGGCAGGAAAUGAGCAGUCCCUCCACCAGUACAGCAUCAGCAAAGACGAACCCCUCUUCUUACAGGCCCGAGCCAAUGCUGCCAAUCUCAGCGAGAAACUGUAUAAGAGCAGCUGGGAAAACCAGAAGGCAAAAGGCUUUGAGCUUCGUCUUGACUCCUUGGCCUUCCUGGCAGCCAAAGCCAAGAGGGACCUGGCCAGCGAGGUGAAGUACAAGGAGGACUACGAGAGGUCCAGAGGGAAGCUCAUUGGGGCACAGGGUGCCCAGGGCGACUCGCAAAUGAGCCACUCCCUGCAAAUGUCCAAGCUGCAGAGCGACCUGGAGUACAAAAAGGGAUUCGAAGACACCAAGUCCCAGUGCCACGUCUCCCUAGACAUGGUCCACCUUGUGCACGCCCGGAAGGCUCAGCACUUAGCCACAGACGUAGGCUACAAGACGGCAUCACAUCACUUUACAGCUCUGCCCACGGACAUGAAGGUGGAAUGGGCCAAGAAGGCCUACGGUUUACAGAGUGAUAACCAAUACAGGGCAGAUGUGAAGUGGAUGAAAGGCGCGGGCUGGGUCGCCGUCGGGUCAUUAAAUGUGGAGCAGGCGAAGAAGGCAGGAGAACUCAUUAGCGAGAAGAAGUACCGUCAGCAUCCAGAUGCUUUGAAGUUUACCAGUAUUAAAGACACUCCGGGGAUGGUCCAGGCCAGAAUUAGUUACACCCAAGCAGUGGAUAGGUUAUACAGGGAACAGGGAGAAAACAUAAAGCAUCAUUACACGCAGACAGCCGACCUCCCGGAAGUCCUGCUGGCCAAGCUGAAUGCCAUGAAUAUCAGCGAGACACGGUAUAAGGAAUCCUGGAGCAAGCUACGAGACGGCGGGUAUAAACUGAGACUGGACGCCCUCCCAUUCCAGGCGGCGAAGGCCUCCGGUGAAAUCAUCAGCGAUGUGAAUUACAAGAAAGGCUUUGAACGCUCAAAGGCGCAGUUCCAUCUGCCGUUGGACAUGGUCACCCUGGUGCAUGCCAAGAAGGCUCAGAGCCUGGCCAGCGACCAGGACUACAGACACCCGCUCCCCCAGUACACUUCCUUGGCGGAGGACCUGAGGCUCCGCUGUGCCAAGAGAGCUCACAAGUUGCAGAGCGAGAAUGAGUACCGGUCGGACUUGAACUUCAUGCGAGGGGUGGCCUGUGUCAUUCCAGGCACGUUAGAGAUCGAAGGAAGAAAAAGAGCGUCUGAACUCAUCAGUGAGAGCAAAUACCGUCAGCAUCCCCAGUCAUUCAAGUACACAGCUGUGACCGACACCCCCAGCCUCCUUCAAGCAAAACUCAGCAACCAGAUUACGAACGAGCGCCUCUACAAAGCAGCCGGGGAGGAUGCGAGACACCAGUACACGAUGACCCUGGGGCUGCCCGAGUUCGUCCGAGCGAAAACAAACGCGGCCAACCUGAGUGACGCAAAAUACAAGGAGUCUUGGCAUAAUCUCCGUGCUCAAGGCUACAAGCUGACAAUAGACGCGCUCCCCUUCCAGGCUGCUCGGGUCUCUGGAGAUAUCGCCAGUGAUUUUCUCUACAGACAUGACUUUGUGAAGGAGCGAGGGAGGCUGAUCGGGGCGCGGAGUGUCAGCGACGACCCCCGGCUCCGGCACUGCCGGCGGGUGGGCCAGCUGCAGAGCGAGCUCCAGUACAGGAGGCAGGCAGUGGGCAGCCAAGCACAGUACCACCUGCCCAUGGACAUGGUGCCCCUGGUCCACGCCAGGAAGGCCCAGGCCCUGGCCAGCGACCACGACUACAGGACACGGUGCCACGAGUUCACGGCGCUGCCCGAGGACCUGAAGAUGGCCUGGGCCAAGAAAGCUCACGCCCUGCAGAGUGAGUUCCGCUACAAGUCAGACCUGAUGGGCAUGAGGGGCACAGGAUGGCUGGCGCUGAGCUCCCCGCAGAUAGAAAGUGCGAAGAAGGCUGGAGAGCUCAUCAGCGAGACCAAGUACCGGGAAAAACCAGACAGUCUCAAGUUCACCUCAGUGGUCGACUCCCCGGACCUGGUUCAUGCCAAGAACAGCUACCUGCACUGCAGUGAGCGCCUGUACAGGUCGGGGGAUGCGGAAUCCCUGCACAGAUUCACCCUGAUCCCCGACCACCCUGACUUCAUUAGAGCCCGCCUCAACGCACUGCACCUGAGCGAUAAAGUCUACAGGAACUCUUGGGAGCAGACUCGGGCUGGCGGCUACGACUUCAGGCUGGACGCCAUCCCGUUCCAGACUGCCCGGGCGUCCAGGGAGAUCGCCAGUGACUUUCGGUACCGAGAGGCCUUCCUGCGGGACCGGGGCCUGCAGAUCGGGUACCGCAGCAUCGACGACGACCCAAGGAUGAGGCAUUUCCUCAGCGUCGGCAAGCUCCAGAGUGACAAUGAGUACAAGAAGGACUUUGCUAAGAAUCGGUCCCGGUUCCACAGCCGCCCAGACCAGCCCGGCUUCCUCCAGGCCAAGCGGAGCCAGCAGCUGGCCAGCGACGUAUGCUACAGGCAGCCCUUGCCCCACCCCACCUGCGACCCGGAGCAGCUGGGCCUGAAGCACGCACAGAGGGCCCACCAGCUGCAGAGUGAUGUCAAGUACAAAUCAGACUUGAACCUGACCAGAGGUAUUGGCUGGACCCCUCCUGGCUCCUACAAAGUGGAGAUGGCUCGGCGGGCUGCAGAACUGGCCAAUGCAAGGGGCCUGGCUCUCCAGGGGGCUUAUUGGGGGGCAGAGGCUGUGGAGCCCAGAGAUCAUCUGAGGGCGGAUGUGAACCCAGAUGCCACUGAGAUUCUGCACGUCAAGAGGAGGAAGGUGCUGCCGUUGUGAGGAAGUGGGUCCACCCAGGAUUCUCGGGAGAGACGCUGGAGAGGAAGCUUGCAUGCCAGCGACAGGCCUAGUGGCUUCAGCUGGGACGAGCCGUGCAACGGCACACCAGCCAUGCCCUGGUCGCCUUUAUUAAAGUAACAAGUCUAUGAAAGCA